CCAGAUUUGAAUGCCUGGAGAGAGAGGCUUCCUCCUACACCCCACAUCCAGCCGUUUGCGGUGGGUAGGGCAGGAGAGCAAGGUGCAAGGUGCAAAGCCGUCCAGAGAGCUGUUGGCACCUACCUGGGUUCUCCAGAGCCCGAUCUCCUGCGGGCUGCCAGCGAGCGGGUCUCCUGGGGCUCCCGCAAGCUAAUAGCCCCCCCCCACAGGAGCAGAACUGGGAGCUGGCCCCCAGGGUUUCCCCCUCCGGCUCUCAGUGGGGAGGCCUGGCUUGGGAUGGGGUGUCUCCUUGCCGGGAGAUGCAGGUUGUUUGCAGAGGACAGUGUCCGCCCCAGGGCGACGGGAAGGGUUGGUGCAGAGGCCCCGAGGUGGAGGCAUCGCUGGCACGAAUGACGUGGCAUUGUCCUUGGCCUCAAGGAAGUUGGGCAGGUGCUGCUAGGAGCUAUUUUUGUCUUGUCCCCAGGACUUCUGUCCUCUCCCUCUGUUCUUCUGCCCAACCCAGCCCAACCUCUCUGUCUCCCAGCCUUGCCUGGAGGCACCUCCCUUGGUGCUUUUCUGUCCCACGGUGCUUUCCUCAGCAAAGACCUACUAGCGCCUGGGCCUGUCUCCCCCUGCCUCCACUGCCACCUUCGAGCGUCCCCUGCUGACCCCCAGGGAGGGGUCCCAACCUGCCCAGGAUGGCCUGAUCCUGAGCUACUUGGAGCCCAGUUGGGUCUGCCUAUGGGCGCCCCGCAGCCCCCAAGAGCCUGGUUUGGGGCCAAACUUCGGGGCUGUGACUUAAGAAGCCAACAAAGGGGUGGGGGGCUGGAUGCAGAGAAGCCUGUAGGUAUCCGGUGCCCGCGGGGAUGAGGCGGAGAGGGCUGGCGUGGCGGCCGCGUGCAGCUCCUCAGCCCGUCUGGGACUAUUGAAAAGUCUCAAUUUGCCAUGUGGAUCUUGGGGCCACCUCAGCCCAUCUGGGCCUGUCUUGCAGAAGACGAUGCCCCGUGGGUGCCAGAAGCUGGAAGCCGUGGUCAUGGUCUCCAUCGGGACCGCCGCGCUGCUGUUCCUUCUGCGAACCACCGGUGACAGCUCCAUGCCACGGCAGGCCGGGGAGCCCACCGUGACGCACAGCACCCAGCCGAGCCCCAAGCCCACCCUCGUGUCCCCGCGCCCCAUGCCGGUCUGCCGGGAAAACACCUCCGUGGCCAACCUCUCCGGCUUCGCCGGCCUGCCGGCCCACGUGCAGGACUUCCUGCGCUACAAGCACUGCCGCGAGUUCCCGCAGCUCCUGGAUGUCCCUGGCAAGUGCGGGGGGCCUGAGGCAUCCAGGGACGUCUUCCUGAUCCUGGCCAUCAAAUCGGCCCCCAUGAACUACGAGCGGCGCGAGAUCAUCCGCAAGACCUGGGGCGAGGAGCGGACGUAUGCGGGCGCCCGCAUCCGCCGCGUCUUCCUGGUCGGCACGUCCUCGUCCGCCCACGAAGCCUGGAAGCUGGACCAGCUGCUGCAGCUGGAGGCGGCAGAGCACGGGGAUGUGCUGCAGUGGGGCUUCAUGGACAGCUUCUUCAACCUGACGCUCAAGCAGGUGCUGUUCCACACCUGGCUGGAGGCCCGCUGCCCCGGCGUCCGCUUCGUCUUCAACGGGGACGACGACGUCUUCGUGCACACCGACAACAUCGUGCGCUACCUGCAGGGCAUGGGGGACGAGGGCAGCGAGCGCCACCUCUUCGUGGGGCAGCUCAUCACCAACGUCGGCCCCGUCCGAGAGAAGUGGAGCAAGUACUAUGUGCCUGAGCAGGUCACGGCCGCCAAGCUCUACCCGCCCUACUGCGGGGGCGGAGGGCUGGUCAUGUCCGGCUUCACCACCCACGCCAUCUACCGCGAGUCCCUGAACAUCGAGAUCUUCCCCAUCGACGACGUCUACCUGGGCAUGUGCCUGGAGAAGGCAGGGCUGGUCCCGGCCUCGCACAUGGGCAUCCGGACGGUGGGCUUCCGCCUGCCCUCGGCCAAGCUGGCCGCCUUUGACCCUUGCUACUACAAGGAGCUGCUGCUCGUGCACCGGUUCCUGCCCUACGAGAUACUGGUCAUGUGGCGAGCCCUCCACCAGCCGGGCCUGAAAUGCGGGAAGAAGCUGGAGGUCUAUCGCAAUGACUGAGGGGGUCCCCAGCACUCCCAGGGGAGGGGGCACCUGGGUGGAAGCUGGCCCCGGCCCCGUGCUGGGACCACGCUGGCCCCAAGCAGCCGCGUGGCUCUGCCCCGUUGUGGCCUUUCCAGAGUCCGGGCAAGCCUCUGCCCCUAAAACCCAUGUGCGGAAAGCUUUUGGGGUGUGGGGCAUGUUUGCUGGACCUGGGUCCCUUGACAUCCUCCCCUGCCUUGUGCCCUGGGGGAACUCCCACGGCUUUGGGGCAGGCCCCGCACAGCUUUCAGCCCCUCCUCUGAGCUGGCACCUGCUCUCUGAGCCCCCAGGCUUGUCCUUGCUGUACUCGAGGGUGAUUUUUGUGCCCCCCCACCCCUCCUGAGCUGCCUCGGGGCUCAGUGGCCAGGCAGCUGCUCAGCCUGCGCCCCGCUCGGCACGCCAGCUCAGCUCAGGAACGCCGACUGCCGCACCUUGGAGCCCGUUCCCGCGCGUCCCCAGCGCGGGCAGGCGUUUGCACUUGCCCAGCAGCCCCCGUGCCUUUGUGCCGUGUCUGGCCACUGUGAAUUAUAUAUAUAGCAAUAAAGAACUUAUUUGGGUAA